GUAAUCAUCAUCAGUAGUGGGGACCAUGCCUAUCAAUUGCGCGGUACCUGGCGGCGGAAACAUAACGUUCCGAACCGAGGUAUCCUCAUGAUUCGUACGAAGCGAGGUGCGUUGUAGUUCUAGUUCGUUAGUGCGAUCGCAGGGCAGCGCGACGUCAUGAUCGAUCGAGCCAGAGCUUCAUGCUUUCCCUGUCCGUUAUUCUUCUCGCAGCCUGUUGAUGUCUACGAGGUACCUAAAAGGGUAUGCGAUUGUUUCAAUGAGUCUGAGGAAAUCGGUGCGUCGGUGUCUGACUUCCGUCUUAUCUGAUGGGCUUUUUCUAUGCUGGUGCCUGGUGGUUUCUGCAGCGAAGAUGAUGAUAACUUGUAGAAUAGCUCCGUUCCCUAACUCCGGUUCUAAGAUGAAGCUCGUGAAGAAAUACUGGAAUGCUUCUACCAUUGAUUAUUCUGGCCCACUUAUUCCAUCUGGCUACGUGUUAGAGGGAAAGGUCUGUCCCACGGAUGUCCGGGAGUAUGUGUGGUGUGAGCUGUGUUGAAGAUGUGUAGCUUGGUGGUAUGAGUCAAUCAGACUAUAUGCUGAACCUAUUUGCUUUGAUAUAUCAGAUUGAAA